UGGACGGAGCAGCUCAUGUAAUCUCCCGGUGGGGCCCAUUAUUUAUGAGGAGUGUAGCCAACCUGCACCUGCCAAAAAACUGAACAGUGUUGGACAGAAAUGGCACAAAACAGUAAAGGAGCAACGGGAGGGACACAGACUGGACAAAGAAUGAUCUUUACAGGUCCGGAUGGUAUUGGCGACUACAGGCCAAGGUCCAAUCAUUCCGCCCAGUACGUCGGUGUGGGCUCCUUAUCACCUGAGGCCACGGGAGACCUCACCUACCUGUGGCGGGCCGCCCCGAACACUCCGCCCCCUUUGCCCAAACAGGCCUACGUGGGGGAGGUGGGCUGGGGCUGGCAGUACAACCAGCUGGUGAACAAUGGGGCGUUACACAGCGGCAUGCAAAUUCAGAAAACAGAUGUUCGAAACGCACUGGAAGACAGAGCGAGCCACAGGUUCCAGCCCCAACAACAGAAGAGGAUGACUGACACACAAAAAUCCAAAAACAAAGUCUGACAGAAAGAAGCAGAAAGAAGCAGCAAGAUCAGCGGCCAUCUGGGAUGUGUCCAGUUUUAUCAACACAGAAUAAUGUUUUGUAUUUUGAGGUCAUGACAAAUGUGCUGUUAUAAUAAAUUAUAUUAUAAGACGAAUUA